UUUGACAGCGACAAAAUUGAGGCAAGUAUUUAUUAUAUAAAUCACUAUUUAUUGUUUUUAAAUAUAAAUAUGAAAUCGUUUCGGAACGCCAUUUCAAAAGAGAAAAAAGAAUUUGAAGUUAACGCGGCGAAAUAUAGAAGGCUAGAUGAGUUUGCUCGCGUUGAAAGUGAAAAUCGUGAAGUUAUUAGUGCUAGUGAACCUGAAGAGUUAUCCUUGUGUGAAGAUGAGGGGCAAGAAAGUGCUAGUUUGGGUAGGAAUAGUGAGGCAGUGAAUUCCAACAUAAAUGAAAAGGCUACUGCACUGAAGGAGUGGGCAAUAAGAAACAGCGUUUCACAAAACACCGUUACUGAUUUGCUUCAAACGCUAAAUAAAAUCGGUGUUAAAGAUUUUCCUUUAUGUGCAAAGGCCCUACUUGGGACAGAAAAAAAAGAAGUUAAUAUUCAAUCCAUUCCCAGUGGAGAAUUCAUUUAUGUUGGAAUACAAAAGCAUUUUUUAAAAAAAUAUUUUGAUUUUCUUGAAGGUAAUAAUGAUAUUGAAAUUGAUGUCGGGAUUGAUGGCCUCAGGCUUUUUAAAAAUUCAAAUAAAGUUUUGUGGCCAAUUUUAGGCGCCAUUGUUGGAUAUCCACAAGAAAGUCCUUUUGUGAUCGCAUGUUUCUCUGGAAGUGAAAAACCUUGGAACAUUAAUGAUUUUAUGAAGGACUUUUGCGAGGAAAUUGCUGUCUUAAAAGAUCAUGGAAUAAAAGUUGGUUCAAAAAAAAUUGUAAAAAACUUCAGAGUGCGUUUGUUUACCUGUGGCUCGCCUGCCCGGGCUUUCGUAACUAGUACACUUUCCCAUUUAUAAACCAAUUUUAUGAUAUUAUGUACUAUAAAAUUCUGCACUAAUAUUUAAUUUUGUUGUUUUUUUUUUUAAGAAAUAUGGAUGAAGAAUUAUUUAGCCAAGAGAAUGAAUAUGAAGAAUUUGUGGCGAUAAAUAACCAGUCACCACCACCGGAAGCCGAAAUACCCCAAUCAUCACAAAGAAGAAGGUUUCAAGUUUCAGCGCCAUACAAUGUUCAGCUACGACACAGCAUUCUACAGCCAGACAACCUUCAACAGCAGGACACAGUAACUCAAGGUAUUAAGGAAAUCCUAAGAAACCAAAAGGUGCUGAUGACAAGGAUGGAUGACAUUGAGAAAACCCUCAAAGAAAAUGUUAUUGAUAAAGGUCUUCUAUUGGCUCAAACACACACGCUGCGCGAAUGUAAGGUGGUUUUAGCUAAAGUCCAUCACUCCAUUGGACGAUUGGUAGGAGAAAUAGAAAAUCCCAUGCAAAUUGAAAUAGCGUCAAGACUACCAAUCUGCACACUAGACGCCGCGCUGGAUUUCGAAGAUAAACUAAAUUCCAAAGAGUUUGCUGACGAAACGAGACGAGCAUAUGACAAAGUGAUGGUAAAUUUGUAUGCAAAUAAAAAGGAUAGACAACUCACACGUAUUCAAAGUAUGCGAUAGAAUCUUCCCAUGCC